GGUUAAAUGAAAGAAAAUAAUUUUACUUAGAUUCGCAGAUCGCUGUUGUUUCUAUACUCCGGCUGCGUUGUUCUCUCUGGAUAGCUUUGCAAGGAUCUAAACAAUGGUAGGGAGCCCUGAUCCUGUAUCCUUCGUUGGUCUUCGUUUUCUGGUUAUGGCAUCCCCAGAACCCAUGAGCACUGAGACAGAGCUGCCAGUAGGACAAGUGAACCCCCCUUCUCCUAGGAAGCAGCGGAUUUUGCUUGCUGCAACUGGAAGUGUAGCUGCCAUAAAGUUUGCAAAUCUCUGCCAUUGUUUUUCUGACUGGGGAGAAGUAAGGGCUGUUGCCACAAAAGCAUCUUUGCAUUUCAUUGAUAGAGCGGCACUCCCUAAAGAUGUAAUUCUUUAUACUGAUGAGGAUGAAUGGUCUAGUUGGAGUAAAAUAGGUGACAAAGUGCUUCACAUUGAACUUCGCCGAUGGGCUGAUGUUAUGGUCAUCGCCCCAUUGUCAGCUAACACUCUUGGCAAGAUUGCUGGGGGAUUGUGUGACAAUCUACUAACAUGCAUUGUCCGAGCAUGGGACUACAGCAAGCCACUUUUCGUUGCACCAGCAAUGAACACUUUUAUGUGGAAUAAUCCUUUCACUGAACGACAUAUCAUGACCAUCGAUGAACUUGGAGUUUCUCUCAUCCCACCUGUCACCAAGAGGCUAGCUUGUGGGGACUACGGCAAUGGAGCAAUGGCAGAACCUUCUCUAAUCUACUCAACUGUGAGACUCUUCUUCGAAUCCCGUCCUCCACCCACUGAAGUCAUGAAUUAGGCUAAUUUGAUAUGCACAGAAUGAUGCGGGACAGGUUAGGGGGUAUGGUUGACUUGGGAUUUAGAGUCUGUUUGGGCAAAUAUAUACCGUGAAUAGUAUGUGUGAACAGUAAAAUAGGGUCCGUUUAGGGUAGAAAAGAGGAGAAAUAGAAAAUAAACAAGGAGGAUGAUAGAAAAGACUAGGAGUCACACCUAGUUUUUUUUUUUUUGGGGCAUCACAACCAAGAUUGUGUCACACAAUCAAGAGCAAAACUUGCUGGAAAAUUUUGAAUAUUAUCAACUGUAUAAUGAAAGAAACUACAUACA